CCUAAUUGCCAAACCUCGAGCUCUCGUGAUUUCUCUCGUCGCUGCAACGAUGGGUGGGAAGGAGGAGGAUCGUGAUCCAGAGAUGGCAGAAAGUUCCGACGAGGAAAUUGCAGAGGCGAGCGCUGAUCCUGCUCCCGUGAAGAGCCUUACAGCGCCUGAUGGCGGCGUCUGGUUUGUGCUCGAGAAAGCGUCUUUGGAGGUCGCCAAAGUGGGAAAGAAUUAUCAGCUGCUUAACUGUGACGACCAUGCUAAUUUUUUGCGCAAACAUAAACGAGAUCCUGCACAGUACCGCCCCGAUAUUUUACACCAGGCGUUGCUGGCAAUUCUUGAUAGUCCGAUGAACAAGGCUGGAAAGUUGAAAGGACUCUAUGUACAUACAGAGAAGAAUGUGCUCAUUCAGAUCAAUCCACACAUUCGCAUACCAAGAACUUUUAAGAGAUUUUGCGGACUGAUGGUGCAACUGCUUCAAAAACUUGUUAUCCGAGCUACUAAUGGGCCUGAUAAGUUGAUGAAAGUUGUAAAGCAACCUGUAACUCGACAUUUGCCCAUUGGUGCCCGGCGGAUAGGAAUGUCAUACAGUGCUCCUAAAGUUGUACAAUUGAAAGAUUACAUUUUGACUACCAAAGAAGAUACUCCUCUCGUCUUUGUGGUGGGGGCAAUGUCUCAUGGGAAGAUUGAAGUGGAUUAUAUAGAUGAUCUUGUCGCAGUGUCAGCUUACCCUCUCAGUGCGAUGUGGGCCAUCGCACGUAUUUGCAACGCACUAGAGACGCAGUGGAAUAUCGUAUAACAGUGCACCUGUACAAGCACACUGGUAGUUAUAGCUUUUAGGUUUUUUUUGAAAGGAAAAUGGAGUGACUGUAAUUCUCGUUUACUGUCUCAAGUGAAAUCUAGAUAUUCUCUGGAUGGUUUUAAUUAUAUUUGUUUAUGAGAUCUCGUCCUAUGUGAGGCUUGCUUUUCUCUGCUCUAGUGGUA